AUAAUUUAAUAAUUGGCUUCCGUUUCCGGUACCGUUUCGGUGUACACGCGUUUGGAAAGAGUUAAGAGUUUUUUUGAGAAAUAUAAAGGUUUUAAAAAAGGGUGGGUAAUGUAGAGUGCUGAGUGUGUAGUGUAAUUUGCGGUAGUGUAAAGGAAAGGUAUGUUGGUAUAGAGUAGUGAAUGUGUGAGUGAUAAAAAAGGUAAAAAAGAGAAGUGUGUUUUGUGAGGUUAGGUUGCUUGAAGUGAGAGAGAGGAGAGAGAGACAGUGGAAAAAUUUUGAGCAUUUGAGUGAUAAGGUAGAUUUCUGGAAUGGCUGAGUUUGACUCAAGUAGUGUUAGCGAGAAUGAGAAAAAGGCGCGGGUAUUUGAAAGGGGAAUAGGAAAGAAUGGAAAAAAGAUGACGUGUGAGGAUUGCAUGGAUUUGUUAGAAUUAGUAUGGAUGAUGAAGGACGCGAUGGAUGAAGGAGCGAAGAGAGUAAGGGAAAAUUUGAUGGAUAUAUGUGAGGAUGGGGAAUCAAGGGACAAAGAGAUAGUGGAAAUUGAAGAGAGGUUGGAGAAAUUGCAGGAAAUGUGGAAUGAAUGGGAUAGUAAGUGGAAAAAGGAUAAGGAAAGCAUGUGGAGAAGAAUGAAUGGAUUAGAAAAAUUUAUAAAGGAAGUGAAUGAGGGGACUGAGAAAGUUGAGGGAAGUGAAUAUGAGAGGUUAAAGUGGAAAAUGGGAGAUUUGUCAAGACGAGUGGAUGUAGUAGAAAAUGAAAAAAGGAAAAAGAAUGUAGUGAUCAGAGGUAUGAAUGUAGGUGUGUUGGAGGGUAAAAGAGCAGUGGAAAAAGUGUUGGCGUGGGUGGGGGUUAAUGUCUCAGUGAAAAUGGUACAAGCGUUAGGAAAGGGUGAAUAUGGGGUACCAAAGUUAUGGUUGGUGGAGUUGGGUAGUGAGGAAGAGAAAAUGGAUGUAAUGAGGGUGAAAGGAAGACUGAAAGGAAGUGUAAUAAGAAUAGAUGAGGAUAGAUGUUGGAGAGAGAGAAGAAUGCUAUGGCUAUUGAGAGAAAGAGCGUGGACGGAGAGAGUGAAAGGAAAACAGGUAAGAAUGGGUAAGGAUUGUAUUUGGGUGGAUGGGGUAAAGUAUGUUGUGGGGGAGGAUAUGGGUGGAGUGAUGGAAGUGUGUAAAGUGUGAUAGACAGGUAUAGGCUGAGAAUGAGGUGAGAAGAUUUUGCUUGGAUGGAUGGAUGGAUGGAUAAAAGUGGAUGACUGGAGCGUGUAAGGGAGGUGAGAAAGCAGGUUUUUGAAAAAAGGGUGGGCGAAUUGGGUUGAAGCCAGCAUGGGCAUAGAAGGAACUGGAAACGGAAGCCCGGCACUGGCGAUAGGUUAAGAGCGUAAGGUAGAGAGCGUGGAGAGAGUUGCGUUUUUUAGGUUAAGUUGUAUGAAGAGAAUGUUUAGUUGUAAGGAUUUUUGUAAAUAUAGGUUAAGAUUGUUAUGUAUGUACUUGGGAGUCUCGAACCCUACCUAUUGUAGGGAGAGUAAAUAAACUAUAUA